AUGCACGAGGCAGUUACUAAGUGCUCAUCAAAAAUAACAGAAAUAUUGUAUGAAAGCAUAGACCAAGUCUUACACGCUUCCCUCCUGCAUGAAAACAGUAAUUGGCUAAGAUUCAUUUCCACCAGUGGAAUAACAAGAGAAUACAUAAAGGUUCAAAAGAAAUACGAUGCAAUCUUAAGAUUAUUUGCAUACCAGCAAGUAAUAGAAUCAUCAAUUAAUCAUCCCUUCAUAAGCAGACUGCCCCUCCUCCCAGGAAAAACAAAUUCAUUAGAAAAUACAGUUGAUUUUUUCACCUCAAAAUCCGAAAAUCACAAAAAUCAAUCAAAACCCAACCAAACCCCAAUUGAACAAGUAACAGAACUCUUACUAUCAGAUAAUAUAUCCAGAUACUUAGAUGAUUAUAUAGGCACACUCACAGAAUAUUCAGAAAUAAUGCAAGGGCACCUGUGGGUCCUCAAGAAAUUCGCAAUCCAUAAGGAAAUUAUCCUGGAAGUGAUAAAUAAUUUCGUGGAAAUCUUAAAGAUCAAUGAACUUGGGAUAAUAUUCCCGAAUUUCAGUAAUAAACCAGGAAAAAUCCGUUAUAAUCCAAAUGAACUCCAUGAAAAAGUCAAGGAAAUAGGGAUAUUCAAGACAUUCCUGCACAGAGAAAGGACAUUCUGCUUCUUUGACAAGUGGUACACCAAGGACACAUUAAUUGCAGAAUAUUUUAAGACACUUCUUAAUGAAAUUAUAACAGAAAUAGCCCAUAUAUACUAUUAUACAUUGCCUAGUGACUUUGACAUACUAAAGUACGUUGAAGAUGAGAUAUUAACAGAAGAAUGGUCGUAUAGACCUGAUAAAUACGUUAAAUAUAUCUGUAAAUUUGAACUAUUCCCGUAUAUAUUCAGACUAAACGGCCCUAAGGAUUAUAAUAUAAGAACAAGCACUGUACCAUAUGCAUACACCUUAAAGGAUCUUAAUUCCAACCAGAUAUUAACAAGGAUAUACAGGAAUUCCUUCGUAUACGAAUUCGGGAAGUUCAUGGAUAGCCAUAUGGGGUAG